CGCCACUUUCGGAAGAGAGAAUCGCGCUACACCCGUGAUGCUACGUGAUCAAUAUCAGUGUCGAGUCUCAGCCUUUGGACCAUUCUGAGCAGACAGAUCUGAAAAUAGAGAAAAUAAAAGCGACAUGAAAGCCGUAACGCAUACUUGUACGCCAGGAAGCUUUCUAGAUUUUCCGGAAGGUGAAUCGAUUGAAGAUAUCGCCGAAUCCGUAGAUGAAUUGCGAGAAAAAUUAGCGAAUAUGAAGAAAUUGAUGGAAGAACGUAAGGGCACGACUCUAGGCGAGAUCAGUGCACGUAAAAGGAAAGAAGCUUCGGACAUAAUAGACGGAAAUUUUCUUUCUUGGAUUUUUGCCUCUGCUCUCGUUAUCAUAUUAAGCGUUAGCUUUUACGCUUUUUAUAAUCUUUAUCACGCGGUACUCAAAAAAUUCCCUUCGCAUCAUACUGAGUUAUAAGGAAAGAGAAUAUAAAAAUAGAAAAAAGAAAGUAAAAAAACAAGAAAAUAAGAAAAAGCAGUGAAAAACGCGUCGAAUAUUCGUUCGAAUGGAAAGUUUCUUUCCAUUUUUUAUUUUUCUUUAAUUUUAUUAAUCACAACGAUGUUACAAUACAAACAGACGAUACGAGAUUUCUUUUUCUAUCCUUUCGGAAGAUAUUAUACGAAAGAGAAACCAAAAUGGCUAAAUCAAUCAAAAGAAAUACAGUAUUCUGAUGUAAUUAUUAUGUACGUUUUACGAUGUAAUCAUAAAUGACUGACUCACCGACAAGAUCUCAAAUAACAAUGAUUUAGUUAUCAGUAUAAAAGUUAAAAUAAUCUUGAUGUAAUAUGUGAUAUUUUUAUCGAUAAAAUGUUAU